AUGAGCUCCUCUGCAAUCGAACUAAAAAAGCUAUCGAGCUCCGUCUCGACAAAGCUUGACGAUUCGCUCGAGGUAGCGACUCGGCUGCCGCUCCCACCCUCUAUUUCGACCGUCUAUCUCGACCGAACGCGCACCAUCACGACCAUAAGCGACCCUUACAACGAAACAAGAAGUCAAAACAUCGUUACCCUACCUCCCACGGAUGGCGGCUUCGGUGCGUGGACAUUUCUCGCAGCCGCAUUUUGCGUGGAGACGAUUGUGUGGGGUUUCCCAAGCGCCUUUGGUGUCUUCCUCAAUGCAUACUUGCGUGAUGCUCGGUUUGCCAACCAGCCGCACGCAGAUACUCUACUCCCACUCAUUGGUAACCUCUCGUCAGGGAUCAUAUAUUGCGCCGGGCCGUUGUGUACCCAAUUAUCUACCGUUACCCUCGCGAGUUAUACUACCCAGGUCACGAAUCUUGUCGCAUACCAGGGAGUGCUCUAUUCAUUGGGAGGAGGUCCGUACUACCAUUCAACCCGACACCCCCUCAGUUCCUUACAGUACUCCUCCAUCAUCCGUGAACAUCCUAUACUUCCGAAUGCCGUAGGGGGCUUGUUGCUCCCACUACUUCUCCCAAGUCUCAUUGAGAAACGUGGAUCAUCCGUCGCACUUCGAAUUACUGCUAUUGUGUUCGCGGCCUUUCUCCCUGCUUUGCUGUUUUUGAAGAGGAGAUUACCGGAACCGAGCUUCAUUCUCCUUGUAAUCGUCAACACGCUCCAAGGGUUUGGAUACUUUGUUCCUAUUCUUUGGCUUCCAACCUUCGCAAGUGAACUGAAAUUGAGCGCAACAAACGCAUCGCUCGCCUUGGCAGUUCUCAACGGUUCUUCAGUCAUUGGCCGACUCGGAACUGGCGUGCUCUCAGACGCUAUUGACCCUUGGCUGCUCGCACUCUCGACAUUGUUCGGGAGCUGCCUUACCACUUUUGUCCUCUGGGGUGCCCUUAGCUAUACUCUUGGAGGCUUGAUUAGCUUCGGGCUCUUCUACGGCUUGGUAGCAGGAGGCUGGUCAAGUUUGUGGACAGGGUUCAUUCGCCCUAUUUCUCCCGAGGACCCCAAAGUAGCGACUAAAAUGAUUGGAUACCUCAUGCUCUCUCGAGGAUUAGGCAAUAUUCUCUCGACCCCCAUCUCUGCAGCAUUGGCGAGUAGGCGUCUCGAGCAUAGCUCCGCGUUCUCUCAUGGAAGACUGGGAUUCGAUGUUGGAGAUGGCCCCUUCGAAAAAGUCAUCAUCUAUGCUGGGACUUGCUUUGCCGGAGCGACGAUAAUGGCGGGUUCAGGAUGGUUUAUCGAAAAGACGAGAGGAAAUAAGAAGAGUGAACGGUUACAUUAA